AUGAUAUGUAUCACGGUGAGCUGGUUGGUACUUGGCUGCAAAUUUGCGCCUGAAGAACUCGAACUCAGCCAAGUGACUUUGUUGAAGUUCCUGUAUCUGUAUGACCCUCAAUCCUGCGGAAGGCUAUAUUUAUACAACAUCACCAACGUCAGUGACGACAGAGUACAAGGCAACAUAGUAUGGCCACUGCAGAAUUCAGUUGCUGCUUCUUUUAGAAACAAAAUUCAGAUUUGGUUGGUGCUACACUUACUGUGGUUACUUUUUGCGAUCAUAAAUAUGACUCAAGGCGAGAGGUCCUGCAGUUUUUAUGCUACCCUUUUGCCAUUCACACUCAUUGGCCUGUCACUGCUGGUGGUGGACGUGGUGUUCGCUUCUAUAUUCAUUACAGAGGCUACACAUACUGGGUCGGAAGGUGCAAUUCUCAAAUAUAUGUCUCAGACGGGCCACCUCCGCGCUAUAAAUGAGCGCCCUCUAGCUCCAAGACGUAAGAAACCAAUAGAUACAUCUUGGAUGGCCUUGCUUUUAGCCUUUAUGAGUCUCCGAGGUAUUGUCCAAUGGAUUGUCAACUUCUGGAUCGUGCAGGACAAUUACGUCGAAGGCGUAAAGCGCUACAGAUAUCAACAGUCUAUAUUAGGACCUAAGGCAAAGUCGCCAAACGAUUUUCUUCUAAAUGACGUAUAA